CAAGCAUCCGAAUCAGCAGAUGCAUAAAACGACGAAAAAGCCCGCAAACGACCCAACCAAUCACACAAUGGAUAGAGUUUUCUCCGUUGAAGAAGUUCCCGACCAUUUCUGGUCUUCUUCCGCCGCCGACGGUGGCGACGACGAUAAAAACAAAAGCCCUAGUUCUGAAAUGAACCGUAGUGCUUCGGAGUGGGCUUUUCAGCAGUUCCUUAGAGAAGAAGUUGAUAAGAAAGGUGAAGAUAACGAAGAGGAGGAAGCUAAGGAGAAUGGGUGUUUUGAAAAUAAUAAACACGACAAUAGUCCUGCAGAUGUAGAGGAUUAUCAGGCUUUUCUUAAGAAGAAACUUAACUUGGCUUGUGCUGCUGUUGCCAUGUCAAUGGCUUCUUUUGCAAAACCUCAAGACUCUGCUGCUAGAGCCGACAGUGGGCCACAGGCAUCUAAUACUCCGCAAUUGGGAUCCAAAACUGUUUCCAGAGGAGCUGGUGACAAGGAUGAUAAUGCAGUGGCUGAAGUUCCUUCUUUUCCCAGUGGACAGAAAAAACUUAGAGCUCAAGUGAGGCCAAGCACAAGUACUGGAUCGUCAAAAGAACAGUCGGACGAGGAUGAAGUUGAAGGUGAAAAUGAAACAAUGGAGAACAUGGAUCCUGCUGAUGUAAAACGUGUAAGGAGGAUGCUUUCAAAUCGAGAGUCUGCUAGGCGUUCUAGAAGAAGAAAACAGGCCCAUUUGACAGAACUUGAGUCACAGGUUUCUCAAUUAAGAGUUGAAAAUGCAAACUUAUUGAAGAGUUUGACUGACAUUAGUCAAAGGUACAAUGAAGCAGCAGUUAACAACAGAAUUUUAAAAGCUGAUGUUGAAACAUUGAAAGCAAAGGUAAAAAUGGCUGUAGAGGCAGUCAAAAGAACUACUGGUUUGAACCCUGUGUUCCAUGCAUUGCCUGAGAUACCGAGCAUGUCAUCAUUUGAUGGAUGUCCCUCUGAUACUUCAACGGAUGCUGCAGUUUAUGAGGAAGAUGGUCCAAAGCAUACCCUUUAUCAGGCUGCUGCUAACGAUUCAAUAUCCACUCAUGAACUUAGAAUCAACAAUGCACUCGCAGAUAUUUCUUCAGUUGAAAAUAUACAACCUGUUUCUGAAGGAUCAGCAGUGACAGGAAACAAAAUUGGGCGGACAGCUUCUUUGCAGCGAGUGGCUAGCUUGGAGCAUCUGCAAAAGCGGAUCCAUGGGGGUGUAAGCCUGAAUGGGAAGCAAUAGGAGCAAGGCAGACAAGCAGAGUCUAAAGAUAGUGAAGAAUGUGUUGGAACUGACCAAAGUGUGCUAUGAUUUCUGGUUUAACUGAUGGGAACAAUGUUAGUUUUUAGGUUACUUGGGUAGUAAUGGCAACUGCUUGACUAAACCUUUCCUUUAAUCAUGCCAUAUUUGCUGGAAUGAUAGAUUUUACCACUGCCAUUUCCAUAGCAUGCUGUGGGAUUUUCUA